AUGGCACCAGAGCCUUUUGGUGUAGGGGGUGCUAGUGACACCUUGGCUGGCAACGCCCUAACUGCUAGCACUGGAGGCACUGGCGACGCCUUGGCUGGCAAUACCCUAGCCGCUGGCACAGGAGGCACUGGCGAUGGCUAUAGGGAGCUAGGCUCUGGCAGGCAGCUGCCCGGCGUUUGCGCCCACUCUAACAAAGGCGUGAUGAAGAAUGCUACAUAG